AUGGCGGGAGGGACGGCCAAGGCCAUGGCGCGCGGGCUGGCGUUGCUGAGCUGCCUGAGGCUGACGAGCAGGAUGGCAGUGUGUGGAACUACCAGUGCUCUCAGAGUGACCAACAACAUGCUGGGGCUGUUAGGGAUGUGCGCAGCUGCUUCCAAGACUCCUUCCACCGCCGCCUGUCCUACAUGGGUUCAGAUCGAACUUGACAACGCGUGCUCCUCAUGCACACAGCCGACAUGCGCAUCCAGACAGUACUCCGCAGAGCAGUUCAACUUCUUCCAGGGGGCUCGUCCUCUCACGCAAGGCGGAGCUGUGAUCGAUUGGACGAGCGAGCUUGAGACAUGCAGUCUGGCCAAGUGUUCGACUCAGUGGAUGCUGAUCGAGAGGUAUACCGACAGCACAUGCUCGACCAACCCGUACGAGAUCAUCUACCGCAAGGCCACGAGGAAUGCUCUCCUGAUGAAGGUCGACCAACCAUGCACACCCCUCAAUUGCCAGAAGAAGACCUACUUCAACAAGAUCACCUAUUAUGAGUCAAGGAUUUGUACCAACCAGCUCUUCUCAAAUCCAUCUCAGUUGACGUCCUUGCUAACGCCUGAUGCGACAUACCUCACGACCUUUUACUUCUCAGAGACGGCAACCAGUUGUGGCGUUAACAAUCUGAACGCGAUUCAUCUGGUUGGACAAUCGCAGUGCAUUCCCUACAUGGACAUUUUCACGGAUGCUCUUCCGUCAAGUGAGGACUACUUGAGCUACACUUGCAGCACCAGAGCAUUGUCUCACUGUCGUGACAGCACCGUAUGCAACUUCGUCGCUGUCUACAUGAGUCUGACGAAGUUUCAAGUGUUCCAACUGUUAUUCCAAUCAGACGUUUUCGUCGACGUCGCAGCAGUACGUCUUGGAGAUGCUUUUGAACUCGUCCAUGAUCUCCUCGACUUGUGA